AUGCACCACGUUUAUUCUUAUAUAGACUUAACAUCAGUAUUAAUCGGACUGAUUGUAUUUGCCAUAACGGGAUAUUGGAUGUGUACACGGGAGAAACCAGGAAUUCCCCCAGGUCCAUCAUUUUUACCAAUCCUCGGCAACAUUUUGGACCUCGGUCGACAUAGACGACAGAAACAUCUUUAUUUCAGUGAACUGAAAGAGAAAUAUGGGCCAGUUUUCAGGCUGUAUUUGGGAUCCAAAUUGAUGAUAGUUCUCAAUGACGUCGACGCUGUAGACGAGGCGUUUGUUAAACAGAAGGAUAUUUUAAGCAAGAGACCUUCAGAAUUGUUAUGGGGAGUCAAACAAUCUAUAACGGAUGGAGCAGGUGUGAUAUGGGCCAAUGAUUCGGAAUGGAGAUCACAUAGACGUAUGGCCAUACAAACCCUACGGGAUUUGGGAGUCGGGAAAUUGGCCAUUGAAGAACGGAUACAAGAAGAGGCAGAAUUUCUCAUGGACACGUUUAAAAAUAACGAGCCGCUUGAUAUCGGAGAGAUUCUAAUAAAGGCUACUACUAAUAUUAUCAGUAUCGUUGUGUUCGGAUCACGCUGGGAAUAUAAUGAUCCAGAAAUGAAGAAAAUUGUAGGUGUGAUGGAAUCGGCGUUUCAGAGUGAAGGAUCUUUUUCACCUAUUCACGAAUUUUCUGCGCUGAGAUUCCUACCGAUUCUAUCCAAAAAAUUUACCGUCCUCCAAAAAAGCAUUCAAAGAAUAAAGGAACACGUCCAUGAAAGGGUCAAAGGACACGAAGAAACAUACAGUCCUGAAUUCAUUCGUGAUUUUAUUGAUGCUGUGUUCACGCAGAUCGGUAAGAAUCCGAGUGAUCAGGGUGGUUUGGAGAGGACCAUUGUCGAUUUUUUCAUAGCGGGUUCUGACACCACUGCCAGUUCCUUGACCUGGGCGUUUCUUUACGUGAUCCUUAACCUAGAUGUCCAGUCAAAGUGUCAAAAAGAAAUCGACGAAAUUGUGGGACAAAAUCGGAAGAUCGACAUGUCAGAUCGUCAGAAGCUUCCGUACGUUGAAGCAACGUUACUGGAAGCUCAGAGACUUGGAAGCAUUGCCCCCUUUGCCGUCCCACAUACACCACUGAAAGACACCAUGGUGAAGGGGUACCUUGUUCCAGCCGAUAGUUUGGUGUUCGCUCAUACAUAUGCAUGCCACCGAGACCCCAAAGUAUGGACAGAACCUUUGAAAUUCAACCCAGAUCGAUUCUUAGAUCAAGAUGGCAAACUUGUCAAGCAUCCUGCAUCCUUCAUGCCGUUUUCAGUUGGUCCCAGAUCCUGUCCUGGUGAUAUCCUGGCUAAAAUGGAGUUGUUCCUCUUCUUUACGUCUAUAAUACAGAGAUACCGACUGAGUAAAGUUGAUGAAAAUGAUGAUCUGAAUACAGAUGGCUUGUCGGGAAUAACUAUGUCUCCUGCUCCGUUUAAACUUCGUGCAAAUAUCAGACAGUGA